CGUUCCGUUCAUGGCAUGGCAGUUUAGUUCUCAAAUUGAAGCACUUUAUAACCAAUAUCUUUCAUUUAAAUCUGUUGAAAUAAAUUUUAUCUUGUGUAAAAAUGGACGAAGAUAUGGUAUUCGAUCCAUCCCUCAAAAAAAAGAAGAAGAAAAAGACUGGAUUCGAUAUGGAAGCAGCACUCGCAGAACAAGAGAACACGAGUGCGGAGGCACCCGCCGAGACAGGUGACGUAGACGUGCCAGAAGAUGAUAACCUUGACUUAGACACUUUUGGAAAGAAAAAGAAGAAGAAAAAGAAGCCAUUCUUCAAUUUAGAGGAGAUUGAGAAUGCUUUGCCUGAAACCCCUCCUACCGAGGAGCCCGAACCCCAGGAGGAUGAAGUUAUUGACGAUUUAGAUUUAGACAUAGAUUUCUCUAAAAGCAAAAAGAAAAAAAAGAAGAAAAACGUAGAUGAACUACCAACAGAGGAUGAUGUCAAGGGUGAAGAUCAAGAGAAUGUUGAAGAUGUGCAUGGAGAUUGGAUUGGCAGUGAUCGUGAUUAUACAUAUGAUGAACUCCUAGAGCGCGUUUUCGACAUAAUGCGUGAAAAGAAUCCUAGUAUGGUUUCAGGUAAAAAGCAAAAGUUCAUAAUGAGACCACCACAGGUGGUAAGAAUUGGUACCAAGAAGACGUCUUUUGCAAACUUCACAGAGAUCUGUAAAACUUUGCAUCGGCAACCCAAACAUCUACUCGAUUUUUUAUUGGCUGAAUUGGGUACUAGUGGUUCUGUAGAUGGUAACAGCCAACUCAUUAUAAAAGGUAGAUUCCAGCAGAAGCAAAUAGAAAAUGUUCUUCGUCGAUACAUCAAGGAAUAUGUGACAUGUCACACAUGCCGUUCCCCUGAUACAAUCUUGCAAAAAGACACCAGAUUAUUUUUCUUGCAGUGUGAGACAUGUGGUUCACGUUGCUCUGUUGCCAGUAUUAAAUCUGGUUUUCAAGCGGUCACUGGAAAACGUGCAGCAAUUCGUGCAAAGACUGCAUAAAGUGUUAGUGCAUAGUGAUAAUCUAAUUUUACACUCAAGGAAUUGGGGUACAUGCAGUAACUAUAUUUUGUUUUAUUUUAUUAUUAAAUUCAAUGUUUUUCAUGGAAAUUUGGUGCUGAUGUUUGUAAAUGUGUUCAUUAUUGUGCAAUCAUUUCUAUUAAAGAUAAAAGGUAUUUCUUACCUUGUUGAGAUAAAUAAUAGGAACUAUGUUUCAAAUCUGCAUACUCAACAUACAAUGUGUUCAGUAAACUGGAUCCCAUUACCUUCAUUGUAAGCAUUAUAGUAGUUAAAUAUGACAUCUCAUAAUUUUUCUCAAGCAUAAAUUUCUAAUGUAGAUCUUUAUAAUUGUAAAAUAUUAUAUGCUCCAAUGGAUAGCUAGUUGGUUACAUGAAAUAUGAUAAUAUUUUAAACUGGAUGUACCCCACUGACCUGGUCCCAAUAUUUAUGUAUAGUUCACUUCUGUAUUAUUCUCAUCAUUGAUACACAAUGUUUUACAAAAAGUUGUUUUAUUUCAAACUAUUCACUAUUAAACUAGCCCUCACUUAAACUUAAUGCUUGUCAGUGACC